CUCCACUGUUGGCAUAGGCUGAGAGUCUAAGAACAGAAGCUGAGACCACAGCUUGUCAGUUUCUGGUUCAGGUUUAAGUGUUUCCAGAGUCGCCUUAACCUACAUAGAAAGCAUGAGUACUCUAUUUUCAAAUCAUGCAUGUCUCUUCAUGCUUUUGAAAAACUCUUGCCACACAUAGAAUCAUUAAUAAGAUGGUCUCAUUCUGGUGGCAUGCAAACUACAAGUCCCACAAUUCUCUGCAUCUGGGGAUGGUGCAGAAAGGCUUUCAGCCUGUUCACAUGGAGGUAACUAGGAAACGAAGAAAUAAACACACUUGCCAUGAAGUGAAAGUACCUUUUUUGCAAAAGUAAAAGGAAUCUUCUUUGACAGACCUGUACCAGGAAAGUUCUUCCAAUGUGAUAAACUCCCUUUUGAAUGGGUAUGCAUGGAAAAGAAAAGUGAUGGAAAGAAACCAGGGCUUCUGUACAGCUUAUUCUUCAGAAAAUGUUUAGGAUGAGGUCUCUAAAAUCCUACAACUGUGAGCAAUGUGGAAAUGAUUUUGUCAGCCGCACCGCCUUGAGGUAUCAUUUCCGAGCAAAACAUCUUGGAAAAGUUCACUGUGAGAAAUGUGGUAGGGAAGUUUUGAGAGAAACACUUCAGGACCAUGAAGCGGCCAACCAUGAAAGAAUGACUGCUGAAAAAAAAGGGUGUUUCUGGGACAUGCCUCCAAAGAGGGAAGCAAAAUUUGUGGCCAUGGAAAUGUCUACCUCCUGCAGGAUGUGCCCAAGGCAGUUUGGAACAAUCCAUAGCAGGGAACACCAUGAGAAACAAGAUCAUCACUUCACAGCCAGCAAAAGAGCUCAAAUGGCCACUGGAUUUUCACCUGAUAAUAUCUUGGAUUAUAAAAAUCCAACAGAACUAAAGAGAUUUGUAGAAGAAAAGCUUCGCCCCAUUCCAGGCCCUGCAAGCAUUGCCUGUGCAACAGAUAUUGAGGCAAUUAUUAAUUUGAUCAAGGAAUGCUUCCCAUUACCAAUAGCUCGGCUAAUCAAGGGAGGCUCAUAUAUAAAAGGAACUGAUACACAAGGCUGGUCUGAUGUUGAUAUAGUGCUAUUUAGUGAAGCCUUUGAAAAUCUAGAAGACUGCAAAAAGAAACUGCCAGAAGUUAUAGAUGAUCUUGGGAAAAGACUGAAGGAAUCUUCGUGGGCCAGCAGGAUACUGAUGGAGAAAAGGACCCAGUCAUCCUUACGGUUUCAUUUCAAAUGCUAUAAGAAUCACCACGGUCACUCGUUUGAUAUCAUGCCUUGCUAUGACAUACUGGGGCCUGCGCCAUCAACAGGUUUAAAACAGAGCUUUUACCACAAGAUCUAUCUCUGUAAUGACACAGAUGAAAUCCAGCUGUACUCAAUGUCCCUGCUGCAGUACCAGGUUGAAUUUAUCAAGGCAUCUACCAUGAAGGUGAAGGAUCUGAUUCGUUUAGUUAAGCACUGGUUCAGGACUUCCUUUGCUAAACCAACAGCUCAAAAUAAGUUUCGCAGGCUUCCUUCUUCCUAUGCUAUAGAGCUCAUCACAAUCUUCAUCUGGCAGCUGGCAGGGAAGCCAGUCUUUUUCAGCCUGAUUCAGGGAAUGAGAGCUAUCCUGAAGCUUCUGGUUAGAUACCCAGAAAUAUGCAUUGUUUGGCACAAACACUACAGUCCAAACUCUCUGAUUUUCAAAAAGGUGUUCCAGAAGCAAACCAGGCCAUUUGUUUUGGAUCCUGCAAACCCAACAUUUAAUGUGUGUGAGAACAGCAACGCUUGGGAUGAAGUGGCUCAUGUGGCGAGACGGAGCCUCCUUAAGCCUCUUUUUAAUGGUGUGCAAGCGAAAGAACCCUGGCUUUUUACAAACGGCUGGUAAAAACGAGAGAAAGCAUUAGCCUGGUUGCAGUCCUGUCAAAUAGGUUUGCCAAGGCAUAUAACACUAGUAGCCAAUAGGAAUAUUCCAAUAUAAAGAAAUGUAAAUGAAGAAUCGUGGGGUGUUUUUUGUUCUCUCUCUAAUCUUUUUAGCAAACAAUUCUUUGUCAUUACUUCUGAAUGAACAAGACAAUCCAUUCUAGUCAGGGGAUUAAAUCGUCCGCUAAAUUUUUAUCCCUGUGUGAGGGAAGAAGCUGAAAGAUAUGCUUCCUUAUGUUUGUAAAGAGUUCAAGCACUAGAGCAAAGAGGGCAACUUUUCACAGCUCCUACAACUUCCUUCCUUCCCAGCUCACUAGGGCAGCACUGGAAUUCCAUAAAACAUCUGAGCAUUGUUUAUUUAAAAAAGGCCCCUGAAAAGAACUCACCGGUUACACAGUAAGAUGACUAUAGUUCCAUAACAUCUGGCAAAUCACUAGGUUGCAAUAGAUAAACGCUGGAAGGCUCUACACUAGGCUGUCUCUCAAUACAUCGUUUAUUUCCAGAAGUUAUGGCCGAUCACACAUCUUCUGAGGGUAAGAUGAAGGGAAGGUUGGAAAUAUAAUGAAGAGUAGAAAGAAAUUAUGUAUCCAGACUCUACCCAUUGUAUGGGGUACUAACCAUUUUAGUUCGUAAAGACAGACUAUUUUGUAUACAGUUUCAACAUCAGUAAUUGGGGCUACAGCACAAAGACCUCACCUGAAGGGGAGUUGGAAAGACUGCAUUAUUUUCUGGAAUGAUGGUUCUAGCAGUGGUGGCUACUAACAGGAGAAACAGCAUGGAGUAUGGGACCUGAUCCUACAAGGUGCUUGAGCAUCAUCAGCACCUCCUAGAGUUCAGGCUAGUGGAAGAAACACAACUGAGACAGAACAAGAGGGAAACAGAAGUGGGAAAGUAAUCAGCAUAAAUUUUUCUCUUGAGUGGCAUGCUGUGUUAGGCUUAAGGCAGUUACCUGAUUAAAUUACUUCACACUAGCACAGCAGAUCAUCUGGGAUCCAGGAUUUGGUGCCUAGUAAUUUUUUAUUCGGCUUUACUUUGAUUUAUCUAUGGGCAGAUACCUCUUUCAAUUAUGUGAGUUGUUAAGAAAUUAAAUUGUGUUGAGAAAAAAAGUCAAAUUAUUAGUCCAUUUUAAGUGUCCAGUAGGACUGUUUGUCAUCAUCCAAAUAAACAAAUAUAAAAACUAAGUUAUUCCAACACUUUGCCAUUUACAAGCAGUUGUUUAAAUACUUUGUGAUGCUGAAAUUCUACCCUGAUAGAUAGGAACCAAAUAGGUAGAUAACAAUUGUUUAUCAAAUGCAAAAUAGAGCAUGUACUGUUUACUGAUGCUGUAUAAAAUUCAUUGUACUCUAUGAAUCAUUAUGUUUUGAAAACACAUCCUGAAUGAAGGCUAUUUUUUCCAAAGUGGUCCAAGCAAACUAUUAGACGCUAGUGCUUCAUUAAUUACAAUUGAAUUUGUGCUGAGAGAGAGCAAACACCACACAGUCUCUCUCACGCUGAGCCAGAUAAAUUAAAAAUUCAUAAUUUUCCAUUAUUAUCUUGUUUUAGUAUUUGUUUUAAUGACAUAAUUGGCAAGAUUCUACUGCCUGGGAAUUUGAAUUGCAUUAGUAUAUGUUUCUCAACUUAAUAUAGCAAAGUUGCUGUAAGAUAAAUUUCUGCUUUCACAACAGAUGCUUUCAUGUGAGGGUUCUUUCAGUGGGAAAAAAGUGAGAACUAAAAGCACUUAAGUACCUUGGUGCUACCCAGUACAGACUUCACUCCCAGCUGCUGCUACUUUUGAAGAAGCUGUUUUCUUUUCUAUUCUCCUGUGGAAGCUCCUAGUACAAUGAGCAAAAUAA